AUGGCGCGAUACGCGGACCAGUUUGCUGAGGCCAGAACAGUGACAUCCUCUUCACUUACGCAAAAACCGCUCUUUGACAGACGACAGCAGUCCGAUAGACAACCGCCGUACAAAGAUUCCGUGCAACAAAACCAAUCUGGAAAUGCAGUGAAGUGUUAUGAGUGCGGACGACAAGGACAUAAAGCCUUUAACUGCAACUUCCGCAAAAGUCCGAAUAACAGGCCGUUUAAUUCGAGCGAGAAACAAGAAACAACACCGAAACAUACUUACCCUAGUGAUUUUCAACGUGGGUCGUACAAUAAUGGGAACCAUGGAUAUCCAGGACGCGGUAGAGGUCGCCAAGGAGCCGCGAGUGUCGUCGAGAAACAUGGAAACUUACCGUGUGUUGGUGAUUCGGUUGCUUUCUGUGAAACGGAAAUGCCAGUUGUGAAGGGAUGUGUUGGCAAUAAACUAGUGACUGUGCUAAGAGACACAGGUUGUAGUGGUGCCGUUAUUCGUAGAGAACUGGUAAACGAUGAUCAACUAACAGGGACAUCUCAACGAUGCAAGUUAGCAGACGGUCGUAUUAUUGAUUCAGAUGUGGCUAGAAUUGAUGUCGAUACUCCUUACUUUACCGGAAGUGUUGAUGCUUGGUGCUUUGAUUCGCCUUCGUACGAUCUUAUUCUUGGUAAUAUUCGUGGAGUAAGGAAACCACAUGAACCAAAUCCAGCCUGGAUUCAUUCCGUUGAAAACAUAGCAGCUGUUGAAACGCGUGCGCAACUGAAAAAGAAACAGUCUCCAUACAAACCAUUGAAAGUAUCGGAAGCAAUACGGGAUGAAUCGCCGGAGGAUAUCUUACAAGAACAACGAAACGACGAGACACUGAAAAAGUUAUGGAGCUUAGCUGAGAGUGGACAGCUUAAACAUUUCAGUGACGGCGGAUUUUCAAAAAUGUGUGAACGGAAGCAAAUGUUGUUCAGAGAAUUUUGCAGUCCCAAAGUGUCCAGUGGAAAACUUUUCCGACAGUUAAUCGUUCCCCGGAAAUACAGAACUAUCGUUAUGAAGAUAGCACAUGAAACGCUGAUGGGUGGUCAUCUGGGAUCAAAGAAAACAACCGACAGAGUAGUGUCCGAAUUUUACUGGCCAGGAAUUCAGUCAGACAUUAGACGGUUUUGCAGAUCAUGUGACGUGUGUCAGCGGACUAUUCCAAAAGGAAAAGUACCUGCAGUACCGUUAGGACAAAUGCCGCUAAUUACAGAAGCGUUUCAACGAGUAGCAGUUGAUCUUAUAGGCCCUCUCCAACCAGUUACCGACAAAGGGAAUCGUUACAUUCUGACGCUUGUCGAUUACGCAACCCGUUAUCCCGAGGCUAUUCCACUUCCUGGAAUUGAGACAGAGCGAGUAGCGGAGGCACUGGUAGACAUCUUUAGUAGAUUAGGAGUUCCGAUCGAGAUGCUAACAGAUCAAGGAUCGCAAUUCACAUCGGACGUAAUGAAAGAAGUGAGCCGUCUGUUGUCAUUUAAACGGAUUACUACUACUCCGUAUCACCCCAUGUGUAAUGGACUCGUCGAGAAGUUCAAUGGUACGUUGAAACAGAUGCUAAAGAGGAUGUGUGCUGAGCGACCAAGAGACUGGGAUAAGUACAUCAACCCAUUACUCUUUGCAUACCGUGAAGUACCACAGGAGAGCCUUGGUUUUUCGCCGUUUGAUCUUCUCUAUGGACGUACUGUUCGUGGUCCGAUGACAAUUCUUAAAGAACUUUGGACAAAGGAAAUUCCUGACGAGGACGUUAAGACAACGUAUCAAUACGUACUUGACUUACGCACACGAUUGGAAGAAACAUGUGACAUACCUCGCCAAAACUUGGAGAAAGCUUCAAAACGUCAGCGCAAGUACUACAACAGGAAAACGCAAGGUCGUCAGAUGAAAGAGGGAGACACAGUACUGUUUCUUCUACCGACAAAGUCAAACAAACUCCUCAUGCAAUGGAAGGGACCUUAUAGUGUAAUACAGAAGAUAGGACAUAUGGACUACAAGAUCGAUAUGGGAGGCAAGCUGAAAACUUUCCACGCAAAUCUUCUUAAGAAGUAUGUUGAACGAGAUACAUUGAACUGUGGUGUUUUGUCAACAUGUGCAAUUUCAUUCAUAGACUUUAGUGACCUAGAUGAUGAUGAACAACAGGACUCUAUUCUUAUGCCACCUGUUACUCAAACCGAAACAGCAAAGGACAUAAAGUUUGCAGACAGACUAACACCAGAUCAGUUGGAAACUGCUAAAUCACUGUGUGAUUCGUUCUCAGAUGUAUUUAUGGAUAUACCUGGAAUGACGAACUUAGUGGAGCAUAAGAUUGUUGUGACAUCGUCUGAACCUGUGCGUGUGAAACCAUAUCCAAUUCCGUUCAGUACAGAGAAAACAAUUACAGAAGAAGUUCAGAAAAUGCUACAGUUGAAUGUGAUUGAGCCAUCAUCUUCCCCUUAUUCAGCUCCAGUUGUCAUAGCUCGGAAGAAAGAUGGAACGAAUCGAUUUUGCAUUGAUUAUAGACGACUGAACUGUGCUACGGUAUUUGAUGCAGAACCAAUGCCCAGUCCAGAAAGCAUAUUUUCAAAAAUGACCGGAAAGAAGUUUGUGUCAAAGAUAGACUUAAGCAAAGGAUACUGGCAAGUACCGAUGGCUGACGAGAGUAAGCCGCUUACAGCCUUUUCCACACCAUCCGGAUUGUACCAAUUCAGGACAAUGCCGUUUGGUCUUGUAAACGCGCCGGCAACAUUUAGUCGUAUGAUGAGAAAACUACUUCAAGGUAUGAACGGCGUAGAAAACUUUAUCGAUGAUGUCAUUGUUUUUACAGAUACCUUUGAAGAACAUCUACACAUACUGAAGACUGUGUUCGAACGACUCAGAGAUGCGGGACUUGCGGCCAGACCGACAAAAUGUUUCAUCGGAUUUGACAAGAUUGACUGUUUGGGACAUAUGGUGGGCAACAAGUGUCUAGAACCAGAACAGGACAAGAUUGAUGCAGUCAGAAAUGCGCCAAUACCACAAACCAAGAAACAGGUUCGUGCCUUCCUAGGCUUAGCAGGAUUCUACAGAAAGUUUAUUCCGAAUUUCUCUGCGAUAGCCAUUCCACUUUCUGAUCUUACGAAGAAGGGCCAACCAAAUAAAGUUAUUUGGACUGAAAGUCAGCAACGAGCUUUUGAUACAUUGAAACACAUGUUAUCAGAAAGGCCAAUAUUGAAGUUGCCAGAAUUUAAUGAAACCUUCAUUUUACGCACGGACGCUGCAGAUGAUGGGAUAGGUGCUGUGCUGUUACAGAUGGAGGAUGACGAGAAACUACCCGUAGCGUACGCCAGUAGGAAACUUCAACCAAGAGAAAAGGCAUACGCUGUUAUCGAGAAGGCGUGUUUGGCGGUAGUGUGGGGAAUACAGAAGUUCCACCAGUACCUUUAUGGACGCGAGUUUCUACUUGAAACUGAUCACCAACCCCUGACCUACCUUAACAAAGCAAAGACAGAGAACUCCAGACUGAUGCGUUGGGCUUUGCAGCUUCAGCCAUACCGCUUUAGGAUCAUUGCAAUCAAAGGAAGCGACAAUGUGGGUGCGGAUUACCUGAGUCGUCAGUGA